CUACAGCCACGACGCGCGGAGGCAAGAAUGACACCGGCGCUCCCCGACACCAAGACAGCCUGAUCGUGAGGACCCAUCUGCUUCAUACACAUUCAGAAAUAACGCAACGAUGGCGCUUGUCAUUGCACCUUCACGGACACGACUUAUCGCGGCUGUUUUAUCGUUCGGUGCGCUGUGGGGAUGCGCGCUCUCCAUAACUCGGUACUCUAUUCCGGAAGAGAUGGAAGAGGGCUCCUUUGUUGCCAAUCUGGCCACCGAUUUAGGUCUGGAUGUUCGCAGUUUGGUGCAGCGCAGUGCAAAGCUCGAUGUCAUCCACAGCAAGAAUUACCUCGACAUCAACAAAGAGACGGGGGAGCUCCUCAUCCGCGAGAAGAUCGACCGGGAGAGCAUAUGCAUGACUAAAACGACCUCGUGCUUUCUGAAAAUGGAUGUCAUACUCGAGAACCCCAUUCGCAUUUUUAACAUCGAGCUAGAAAUCAUGGACAUCAACGACAACGCGCCCGUGUUCCGCAGGAGGACAAUGCACUUGGACGUGUCGGAGGCAACCCCUCCCGGUGAGAGGUUUUCAUUGACAAACGCCGUGGAUGCAGAUGUGGGGGCGAAUUCAAUCAAGACGUACUAUCUCAGCGAGAGCAAGUACUUCAACAUCGAUAUACAGACUGGCAGCGACGGCUCCAAGUAUGUCGAUUUGGUGCUGAACGGUAAUUUGGACCGAGAGGAGCAUGCGGUUCAUAAUUUGAUUUUAACCGCUGUGGAUGGAGGGGUGCCUCCCCGCUCAGGCACAGCCAGCAUCGUUAUUAACGUCCUGGAUAUCAACGACAACGCCCCCCUGUUCAGCCAGCCGGUGUUUGCAGUCAACGUGUCAGAGAACUCGGCUGCAGGGACAGUGGUCAUGACCUUAAACGCAACAGACUUGGAUGAAGGCACGAACGCACAGUUAGUAUAUUCAUACACUCUGUACACCUCAGAGAAGACCCAGGAGCUCUUCUCACUUGAUCCCAACUCAGGUGAGAUCAAGGUGAAGGGGGUGAUCGACUAUGAGGAGAGUCAGAGCUUUGAGAUGCACAUACAGGCACAGGACAGGGGGGCGAGCCCGCGGUCUGGUCACUGUAAGGUCAUGGUGUUCGUCACAGACCUGAACGAUAACUACCCAGAGGUGACCAUAAAGUCUGUGAAGAGUUCGCUGACUGAGGAUGUGUCUGUAGGGACGCUGAUUGCCGUGGUCAGUGUCAGCGACAGGGACUCUGGGGUCAACGGGGAGGUUGCGCUCACUUUGAACCAGCAGCAGUCUUUGCCGUUCCGCCUCAACAGAUCCUCAGAGGGUUACUUCGAGCUGCUGGUGUCAAAGCCGCUGGACAGAGAGGUAACAAGCAAAUAUGACAUCACCCUGAGGGUGACAGACAAGGGCUCGCCGCCCUUAUCUGAAAAUGAAACCAUCACUUUAGACAUUCUAGAUGUCAACGAUAAUGCACCCACGUUCCCUCAGUCCUUCUACACCAUCCAUGUGGUGGAGAAUAAUCCACCGGGGGCGUUGUUGACAUCUCUUAGCGCGUUUGACCCAGAUCUCAAUGAGAACCAGUACUUGGUUUAUUUCAUAAUGGAGAAGGAGAUUGUGAACACGUCUAUGUCAAUGCUGUUCUCCAUCAACCCAGAGAAUGGCGAUCUUUAUGCCCUGAAGACCUUUGACUAUGAGAGAGAGAGGGACUUCCUCUUCCACAUCGAGGCUCGAGACUCUGGUGUUCCCCCGCUGAGCAGCAAUGUGACAGUUCACAUCAUCAUUCUGGACCAAAAUGACAACACUCCUCUCAUAGUGUCACCGUGGCGGGCUCAGGGCUCCGUCGUAGAGGAGGUGAUACCGAGGUCCACAGAUAAGGGGCACCUGGUGGCCAAAGUGAUCGCUAUUGAUGCCGAUUCUGAGCAGAACUCCAGGGUCACCUAUCAGCUCCUGCAGAUCAGCGACACAACCCUCUUCAGCCUGGAUCAGUACAACGGCGAGAUCCGGACGACAAGGAUGUUCAGCUACAGAGACCCGAGGCAACAGCGCCUGGUGAUUGUUGCCAAAGACAACGGUGAGCCUGCUCUCUCUGCUACUGUCACCAUCAAGAUCUCAACAGUGGAACACGUCAUGUCCUUUUCAGAGACCACAGAGCUGCCAAUAGAGUACGACGUCUUCACAGACCUGAACCUGUACUUGGUGGUUGGUCUGGGGGCCGUGUCAUUUCUGCUGCUGAUAACCAUCCUGGUUAUUAUAGUGCUGAAGUGUCAAAAACCAAAGCCAAAGGCCAUCAAGAUCCCCCCAGUGAACAGAAACAGCGUGAUCAGCAGGAACAGCGUGAUCAGCCAGAGAAGCUCCACCAUCGCAGACUCCACCCUCAUCUCCAGCGACGCCUACUGGUACAGCUUGUUCCUCGCAGAGACCAGGAAAGGCAAAGUGGUCGUGAGACAGCCGAUAAUUCCCAAAGGAGCUGGGUAUUUUGUGUCCAGUAUACCCAGGAGCAUAGGGCCGAGUGAGACCACGGACUCCAGAGCAUCCACACUGGAGGAGCCCAGAAGAGAACUGCCAUGAUAUAAUCAUCUCUUCAUGGGAGUCUCUGGCUGAAAGCGUUCUGUGUGACUCACAAAGAAGAUGUAAAACAACUGUCCUCCCUCAGUCCCUCUGCUCCAGCUGUUCCUACUCUCUCGCUCCUCCAGCCCCCCAUGCAAACAUCGACCACCGAUCACCUCAGCUUUCUACCGUCUUUUCUCUUUUAAGCAUGAAUCUGCAUGAUUCUACAACAUGUUCAAAAUAUUUGGACACUGAAUUGAAAUCAGUUAUGGCAGGACAUUUCUAGAGCUGCCUCAUGUAGUAAAUCAUUCCCUCCUUCACGCUUUGAAACUCCUCAGUGGACAAAUUUGCCUUCUCUCCAGGGUUUACGCUGUGUGCUGUAGUUCUAGAAACCAUAAGUAGCUUACCAAGUACGCAAGUCGCCAUCAUGCUACAUUUUUUUAAGAAAAGUUCAGAAAACAGAGACUUGCAAACACACAUACGAAUCAGGGUGACGAUGAUUCUUCCAUAAAUCUGAUUAAUACUGAAGUGUAGCUGGUAAUGUCAGUGAUUCAGGCUCUGCACUCGUUUUUCUUUUCUGAGUCUCAAUUUCUCCUGUAUUAUGAGUCUCGCUGUCAGCGAGGCUCGUACUGUCAGCUAGAAACUUGCGGGUGAAAUAACCAAUGAUCUGAUUUUAGAGUUCUCCGUUUUUUUUGGGUUUUUUUUACGGUGUUUGUUGUAGUCAACAGUGAUGAAUGUGUGAAUAUGACGAAAAAAGAAUGAAAGACAAGAAAACUGGAACAAACAUAGGCACACUGUUUUUAUUUUGGUUUGAUUGUAGAUGCUGUAGUUCUAUAGAAAUAAUAAUAAGGUCAGAGAAGCAAAAAGACUUUUGACACUAACAUCAGGUGUGCGUUUCGUACCUUAUACACAUCUGUGCUGUUGUGAAACAUCUGACUGGGCAUACAGUUAUCUUGCUGUAUCAGGGAAUACGGAAACUUCUGAACCGUGAUCGGGAUGUUCAGGAUCUAGUAUACGGUGUUCACCCUGUCUCCUCGUGCUGGGGUGAGAGAGCGAGGGUGUGCGGAGGAGGUGUGGCCUCAGAUUACAUUUUUACUCAGCGGUACUCUGACAUCACAAACUGGGGCGGGGCCAGAGUGGGCGGCAUGUAAAAUGUCCAAUGAAGACCAAUGAACCGUACUUUUCAAAACAGGGUCAAAUAUCAAUUCAGCUUUCUUCAUAAUAAGAUAUUCUCAUACUUAUAAGCUAUUAUCUUCCCAAUCUUAUUCUCACUGACUUUUCCCAGCCUGAUGAAGCUGUCAAUUCAAAUAUGAUCUUAUUCAUUCAUUGCACACAGUGCAAAUCGCUAAUCAUUAAUCAGUUAAAAAAUACAAUUACAGUGGAAAAUUAAAAAAAAUAUUUUGUAAUGAUUUAUCAAAAAGAGUAAGACUAUUAAAAAUGUAUUCAUCUUUGCCACGGUACAAGGGAAUAUAAGGUCCAGGCAAGGUGUUGUUUUAUGAAUAUUCAUGUUUUUAUAGAUAUUUUCCGUAUUAACUUUUAAUGCUGCUUUUGUGAGCUUCUUCAAGGGCAUUUUGUGUUGCAUAUUUGUAGCUUAGUGCAUAUGAUGUUGUUUUGAUAGUGUAAAUAAGUUAAAAUGGUAAUCAGAGUACUUUUCUUGACCUCAAGGGUAGCGCUGUUGCACUACUGUGAAGCCCAGGACUUUAAUUUCUCAGAAACAAGGAGCUUAUUAUGGCCGCUCAUUAAGGUGCUAAAUGAUCAGAUCUAAUUGGGUGAGGUGAGGAGUGGGACUGGAUGGUAGUUGCAGUAUUCUAGUGCUGACUCUGCAGGGGAAAAAAAAAAAAACACUGCUGAACGCAUAGUGCAUAAGAAGUAUUAAGCGGACGACAGCACUUUGAAAUAUGCACCGAAUCUAAAUGUGAUCGCAGCACUCACUCAGUAAUGCAGUGACUGUAUUUCUAGAUGUAUCGAGCUCCAUGCUCUGAGUCAGUGAAAUCAAACCUCUCCUUCCCUCUCUCGCUGCUGCCUGGUGUCGGUGUUCCACCAGGCUGCCCAGACAUAAACACAGCUGGCCGUCUGUUCUGUCAGACUAAAGACAUCACUUAAUGAGGGAUCUCUUGCUGUGGAGUACAUGUUAUGUGUGCAAUCAAUGCCUGAACCAGCUGAUUCCAACAGUGUUUAAAAGAAUUCCUAAAUUGCACAUAUAAUGAGCUCCUGUGUGCCUUCUGCGUAGUAAAAGAUGUACAUGACUGUUGAUGAAUGAAAUAAUGUCAUACAGUAUUACAAAUUCCAGUCACCCCAGCGAUAAGAUACCUUGAAUUGCUAUUGUUGGAUAGAGGCUCGGCCUUUUGGUUUCAGAGCAGGCGUUCUACAAAGAACCGGUAGAUGCAUUUACUGUACAUUGAACUGCUUUAUACUUUGUGUUUUUUAUACAGUAGACUUUUUGAUAUCUUCUGUAUUCACUGUGAUCGAAUGGCACAGGAGGUGUUUGUGCUUCGCAUAGUAAAAGUGUGUUUAUUUCUCAUUUGUGUACACAGCUCAGUUUCUCCUCUGCUAAUUAGCCAGUCAGAUUGUACAGUAUGCUUCGAGAGUUGCAUCAAACCUAAUCCAGUUCCGUCCCACUCAGUGGAUCAAAGACAGUAUGGGAGAGAAUGCUCUUGCUUUAUUUUCAAGUCUAGUUAAUUGUCAGAUUUUGAUGUUGCUUAUUUGGCUUAAAUGUUCUGC